UCUCUCCUACCCGUUUCCAUUCCCCGGUUCUUUCGCCAGCGAAAUAUUCUUCAGUUAUAGAAACUUCUCCCUCCUCCAUUGGUCUUGCUCUCUACUAUAACUCCCAUUCGUGUACCUGGUCAGCUCACUCUUCUCCGUUCCGACCUCUCAUGGAGAACCUAAUCUCAUUGGUGAACAAGAUACAGAGGGCGUGCACCGCCCUUGGCGAUCACGGCGAAGAAAGCGCCUUACCGACUCUCUGGGACGCGUUGCCGUCAAUUGCUGUCGUCGGCGGCCAGAGCUCUGGAAAAUCUUCGGUUUUGGAGAGUGUCGUGGGGAAGGACUUUUUGCCUCGUGGAUCAGGGAUUGUUACUCGGCGCCCUCUUGUGUUGCAGCUUCACAGGAUUGAUGAUGGAAGAGAAUAUGCGGAGUUUAUGCACCUCCCCAGGAAAAAGUUCACUGAUUUUGCUGCUGUGAGAAAGGAGAUCGGUGAUGAGACUGAUCGCGAGACAGGUCGCAGCACCAAACAAAUUUCUAGUGUUCCAAUCCAUCUCAGUAUCUACUCUCCCAAUGUUGUGAACUUGACUCUUAUUGAUCUUCCUGGACUUACAAAAGUAGCUGUUGAGGGUCAACCAGAGAGCAUUGUGCAGGACAUCGAGAAUAUGGUUCGAUCUUUCAUUGAAAAGCCAAAUUGUAUUAUUCUAGCAAUUUCCCCUGCCAAUCAGGAUCUUGCCACUUCUGAUGCAAUUAAGAUCUCUCGCGAAGUAGAUCCUAAAGGGGAGAGGACAUUUGGAGUUUUGACGAAAAUUGAUCUUAUGGACAAGGGUACUAAUGCAGUUGAUAUCUUGGAGGGAAAAUCUUAUAAGCUUCAGUUUCCUUGGAUUGGUGUUGUGAAUCGCUCCCAAGCUGAUAUCAACAAAAGUGUUGAUAUGAUGGCUGCUCGACGUAGGGAGCGUGAGUACUUUUCGAAUACCACAGAGUACAGGCAUCUUGCUCAUCGUAUGGGUUCUGAGCACUUAGCAAAGAUGCUUUCCAAGCAUUUGGAAACUGUGAUCAAGUCCAGAAUCCCAGGCCUUCAGUCUCUUAUAAGCAAGACUAUUACGGAGCUGGAGGGAGAAAUGAGCCGACUUGGAAGGCCCAUUGCUACUGAUGCCGGUGGAAAAUUAUACAUGGUUAUGGAAAUCUGUCGUACCUUCGAUCAGAUAUUCAAAGAACAUCUCGAUGGCGUGCGACCUGGGGGUGAAAAAAUCUUCGGUGUGUUCGACAAUCAAUUUCCAGCUGCUUUGAAGAGGUUGCAGUUCGAUAGGCAUUUGUCAAUAGAUAAUGUUCGCAAGAUAAUUACUGAAGCAGAUGGAUAUCAACCACAUUUAAUUGCUCCUGAACAAGGAUACCGACGACUCGUUGAAUCCUCCUUAGUAUGCAUCAGGGGUCCCGCUGAGGCAGCGGUGGAUAUGGUACACAACAUACUUAAGGAUCUGGUUCACAAGUCUCUCGGUGAGACCAUGGAACUAAGGCAGUAUCCCACAUUAAGAGUUGAAGUUGGAAAUGCAGCAAUUGAAUCGCUUGAGAGAAUGAGAGAAGAGAGCAAGAAAGCAACACUUCUGUUGGUCGAUAUGGAGUGUGGUUACCUAACCGUUGAGUUCUUUCGUAAGCUUCCUCAAGAUAUUGAAAAGGGUGGAAACCCCACACACUCAAUUUUUGAUAGAUACAGCGAGGCAUAUCUCCGAGGGGUUGGAAGAGUAGUUUUAUCCUACGUCAACAAUGUUUGUGCAAGUCUAAGGAAUUCCAUACCAAAGUCCGUUGUCUAUUGCCAAGUACGGGAGGCCAAACGUAGUUUACUUGACUAUUUUUUUGCCGAGUUGGGUAGAAAGGAGACAAGGCAAUUGGCUUCUUUAUUGGAUGAGGAUCCAGCUGUCAUGAAGCGUCGUACCUCCCUCGCAAAGAAGCUGGAGUUAUACAGAAGUGCUCAAGCAGAGAUUGAUGCAGUUGCUUGGUCCAAGUGAUGAUGAAAUAAUAAGAAAAGAGAUCCAUUAUUUUCAUUGAAAUUAAUAUUGAUAUAUAUAUAUAUUUAUAGCAUUACUUUAUUGUUUUAUUAUUUAUGGUUUACAGCUCUAUUUAUAGACAUUAAUUAUGAGAGAUCGUAGAUGGGAGUAGCUUAUUUUCACUGUUGAUAAAAAUUUUUCGUUCUUUACAUUAACUGCA